UGUUGGUACAUUGUUUGAAAAGUAGCGCCGUAUGAUAGUUGUUGGGUAUUGUUUAAUUAAUAGAUCAGUCAAAACAUUCAUACGUUGAUGAGACAGUGUAUUAAGAUACUAAGGUAAACAGAUUUUGCCCUGCACUGUCAUCGUGACCCAGAAUGCAGAUCAGAUCGCUGCUUCAGAUGUGCAUUGAAACUAUAGUGAGCAGCAAUAGAUGCGAUUGUGGCUCACUAAAAUUACUACCACCUAAUCUUAAAACUAGGAUUCUUGUAGUCUUCACAAAGAGGGGUAACAUUAGUAAUAAUAGUUUAUCCUCUUUGUUGCAUCCAGGAAUUACCAAACUAGAUUUGAGUGAAUGUGAAAUUGACAAUAAAUCCUUGGAAGCUGUUUCAGUCUGUCAACAGCUCAGAAAGCUCGACCUCAAUCCUGGUCGUAAUCAAAUAAGAAACUUGUCAGUAACAGCUCUGUCUCAGUUAUUUCAGAGUCUUCCUUACCUGUCAAAACUGUCCAUGAGAAGAAUUUUUGCAGUAACUGAUGAAGUGAUUAUUUCUGUCAGCCGAUAUUGCCCAUUGUUAAGUGAACUGGAUGUAGGGGGUUGCACCCACAUCACAGAUGAGUCCCUCAUGGCACUCCGAAAUUUAAAUUCACUUACUGCUAUAAAUAUAGCACAUUCAGAGGUGACUGAUGCAGGCGUGAUAAGCCUUGUAUCUGGAGAGAGCCGUGAAACUCUUUCAGAAUUUCGCUUGGAAAUGUGCAAAAAGGUUACUGAUGAUUCCAUCGAAGCUAUCAUUUAUAACUGCAGAAAUAUUAAGUACUUAGUCUUCCAUGGCUGCUCUGUAAUAGGAGACUGGCAUGAAGCUAUGGAGGCUAUGGGAUGUCAUGUUAAGGAUUUGCGAUGGACGGUAUAUUGAAUUUGCAGAAUAUAACCUCUGGCACAAUUAUACGUAGGAGGUGUCUGUUUCAACUGAAGAAUGAUGGAUUGCAUGCGAGACAUGUCCUUGCCUGUCUUGCUUGUAUUAGAGUUAAAAUUGCACAGCUUCCCAAUCCUUUUUCACUCAGUGCCUGAUUGAACUUCUGCUUCGAGUACAAACUGUUUCUAGCAUUUCUAUUCCUGCAAAGUCAGAGAGAUGGUGCUUUGUUGAGUUUUCCUGCAUUAUGUACAAAAUGUUAAUAGUUGUACAAAUUAUUUAAGAAAAAAGAGGUUGCACUUGACAGCUUCUUUGUGACUCAUUAAAAAAAGAAAACAGACUGUUUAAUGUUUAUUAUGCAGGCAGUUAAACUGCCCCAUUACAACUGAUAAUGAAUAUGCAAUGUGAUAGUGACUUAAAGAAACAAGUUAAAUGUAAUUCAGAAUUAUAUUUCUCUUAUCAUGCAAUAGAAAUUUCUCAGUGGUGAUUCAGUUUCCUGUACUUUGAUGCUUAGGGAUCUCCACAUGGGUGGAAACUGUUGAAAAAAAAAAAUCUCAAAAUUCUACAACCAUUAAACGUUUCUAAACAAAGAAGUUGAAGGAAAAGGAAUAGGUAGUAUGCUUGUUUGUGCAAAAUAAGAGUUGGCCUCUUGAGGGACAAUCUGUCUAACUGAUUGAUUUGCUGCCUUUGUUUUGGCUCUCUGCUCCUCAUGAUGCUUGUACUGUUCUGCUAGCUGCCU